AUGAAAGACCUGACAUCCGACCAGCGCCGGGCUGUGGUUGACCAUCUUCUCUUGCGCAUUGUAAAGGGUCCCUGUAAGCUGCAACGUGGCUUGCAGUGCUGUCUCCGCGAGGUCAUCAUGGCUGCCGGCGACAACUCCUACAAGGUCCCGCACAUGAAGAAAGAAGCCCUGAAGAAGAGUGGGAAGCCUCCCGAGUCGGUGAUGUGCAGUGAAGACGUCUUCGAAACUGGUCACGGCUUGCUUGCUGACCAAGACAUGGCGUUGGUGACGCGUGAGCCGUCCCUCCAAACUGCCACGGACUUGGAAAUGAGCAACAUAUUGACAGCGCUCGAAAAAGUCGGGAUCGAUGUGGACGACGCUGACGAGUAG